AUGGUUAUUGAUUCCGGGAAAGAGUCGCUUUCAGCCUAUCAUGUCCAGGCUCAGGAGAUGGACAGUCCUAAAUCACGGCAAUUACCGGUGACUCUACUCUCUGGAUUCUUGGGGAGUGGAAAGACAACUCUGUUACAACACAUUCUCAAAUCGCCGGAUCAUGGCAUGCGAAUCGCUGUCAUUGUCAACGACAUGAGCCAGCUUAACAUCGAUGCCGCCUUAAUCAGAAACCACAAUGUCUCUCAAACUCAGGAGAAACUCGUUCAGCUUCAAAACGGUUGCAUCUGCUGCACUCUCCGUGGUGACCUGCUUUCUGAACUUGCCCGUCUUACAAAGCUGAAUGAGAUUCAAUAUGUCAUCAUCGAAAGUACAGGUAUCAGCGAGCCUAUGCAGGUUGCCGAGACCUUCACGGCGGAGUUUAGUAGCGCCAUGCUGGAAGCUGAAGAUCAGAUCGGUGAGAAUGAUGAGGAUACAAAGAAAAUCAUCAAUGAGAUUGUUGAGAUGGGUGGUUUACACACCAUCGCUCGUCUGGACACCACAGUGACUGUCAUCGACGCCUUCAACCUGCUCUCGAACUUCGAUACCACUGAGUUCCUUUCAGACCGAUACGGUCGUGACGAAAUCGUCCCUGAGGAUGAACGAACAAUCUCCGACCUGAUGGUUGAUCAGAUUGAGUUUGCGGAUGUGCUCAUUCUCAACAAGAUUGAGACUAUCGACGAAAAGACCCGGGACAAGAUUAUGCAAUUGCUCAAGUUGCUUAACCCUGACGCCAAAGUCUUGACGUCUAGCUAUUCACAGGUGGAUGUGCGGGAGCUUAUAGCAACGAAUAGAUUCGACUUUGUCCGCGCUGCCUCAGGUGCCGGAUGGCUUCGCAGCUUGCAUGAGAUGACCAUCCAAACUACCGGCAAUGGAAACCGCAUGGCGCCUAAGCCGGAGACGUUGGAGUACGGUAUCAACAACUUUGUGUACACUGCUCGCCGACCUUUCCACCCUCGUCGUCUGUUCUCACUUCUCCAUGAUAAAUUUAUUAUUCUUCAGAGCAAUGAACUUGAGGAAGAAGAAGAGGAUGAAGAGGAUGAGGAUGAGGAAGAAGAGGAUACUGGUGAUGAGAUGGACACAGAUGAUGAGUCGCUUGAAGACUUUGAUCAGCCUGAUCCGAAAGACAUAUUGAGUAACAAGCGCAAUCACCCUGCCUUUGGUCCGAUUCUCCGUUCCAAAGGCUUCUUCUGGCUGCCGACCAGACCCUACCAAUUUGGCGAAUGGAGCCAAGCAGGUGGCAUGUUGACGGUCGGCUGUGGAGGACCUUGGUUUGCUGAAGUUCCUGACGAGGCUUGGCCAGAGGAUAAGGACGUCCGUGAAUCGAUUGAGAACGACUUCCAGGGUCAAUGGGGCGAUCGGAGACAAGAGAUUGUCUUUAUCGGUGAGGGUGUUGAUGAGGCACAAAUCUCAUCUAUUCUGGAUGAGUGUCUGUUUGAUGACAAGGACAUGAAGCAAUGGGAGAAGAUCAUGAAGAACAAGAAGCUCAGUCGGGAGGCGAAGUGUAAAAAAAUCGCUAGCAUUUGGGAGGACGGAUGGGAGGAAUGGCCUGCUUUUGAGAUUGAGGAUGAGGAAGAGCAGGUUGUCGGUAAGCAUCGCAUUAGCGAGCAUCUUGGUAAAGAGCAUAAAGGUCAUAAGCAUCGGUAG